AUGUACAAUCUGAAAUCCAGUGUUGCAGCCCUUGUCCUGCUUGGACAGGGCAUCUCUGCUCAGAACUCAUCUUUCCAAAAUUCUUCCUCUUCUUGGGAUCACUCUCUCUACACCAGCAGUCCCGGUGUCUUCCCAAGCCCAAACACAACUGGCAUUGGUUGGGAAGAUGCGCUUCAGAAAGCAAAAGACUGGGUCGCUCAGUUGACCUUGGAAGAAAAGGUCGCUGUGCUCACGGGCGAGCCGAAAGGCCCUUGCAUUGGCAACAUUGCUCCCAUUACUCGCGUUGGAUUCCCUGGUCUUUGUCUGCAGGAUGGUCCUCUAUCGAUCAGACAAGCCACAUACGCAUCGGUGUUCCCUGCAGGUAUCGCUGCUGCUUCAUCGUGGGAUCGUGAUUUGAUUCGUCAGAGAGGCGAGUAUCUUGGAGCAGAGUUCAGAGGCAAAGGUGCCCAUGUAGCUUUGGGACCAGUGGCGGGUCCUCUUGGAAGAUCAGCUGAUGCUGGUCGCGGAUGGGAAGGAUUCUCUCCUGACCCAUACCUUACUGGUAUCGCCAUGAAGGAGACCAUCGAGGCUAUGCAAGAGUCUGGUGUCCAAGCUUGUGCAAAGCACUGGAUUGGAAACGAACAGGAGACGCAGAGAAAUCCCGGUCUUUCACCCACGAACAAGACGAUCGAGGCUGUUUCGGCAAACAUUGACGAUAGAACUAUGCACGAGCUCUACAUGUGGCCAUUCGCCGACGCAGUCAAGGCUGGUGUUGCUUCUAUGAUGUGUUCGUACAACAGACUCAACGGCUCUUACGCUUGCCAGAACAGCAAGGCUAUCAAUGGACUACUCAAGGAAGAGCUUGGCUUCCAGGGCUAUGUUAUGAGUGAUUGGGGAGCUACACAUGGAGGUGUGGCUAACGCUGAAGCUGGUAUGGAUAUGGACAUGCCCGGCACUAUCACGUUUUUCAAAGCUGGAACUUCCUACUGGGGCCAGAACCUCACCAACGCUGUGAACAACGGGACCGUGCCAGAGUCCAGAAUUGAUGAUGCUGCUCACAGAAUUAUGACACCUUACUUCUUCCUUGGACAGGAUCAGGAUUAUCCUCUAAUCGACCCUACCAGCGGUCCCAUCAAUAUUCUUGGUAUCCAGCCUUACCUUGAUACUUUCCAAUACGGCGAGGCAAAUGUCGACGUCCGCAGUAACCACGCUGAUCUGAUCAGAAAACUCGGAUCCGCAGGUACUGUUCUUCUCAAGAACUCUAACAACGCUUUGCCUCUCAACAAGCCCAAGAACAUCGCUGUGUUCGGCAAUGAUGCCGCUGAUCCUGAGAAUGGUCUGUACUCUCUGUCUCUGACUAGCAAUGGUGACUUUGAAUAUGGUCAUCUUGCUGUCGGUGGCGGUUCUGGCACUGGUCGUCUUACUUAUCUCUCGACCCCUCUGGACGCUCUGAAGGCUCGCACCAAGCAAGAUGGUACCCUCUUGCAGUGGAACUUGAACAACACUCUCUUGACAGACUCUACUCCAGGAGCCGCUUUUGGCGCAAUCUAUCCUUAUCCUGACACUUGCAUCGUCACAAUCAAGACAUGGGCUGCCGAGGGCUACGACAAGGUAAAUCUGCUUCCUGACUGGAAUGGCACAGCAGUGGUUGAAGCAGUAGCUGGCUGGUGCAACAACACCAUCGUCGUGACCCACACUUCAGGUCCCAUUGUCAUGCCUUGGGCUGAUCACCCCAACGUCACUGCUAUCCUCGUAGCACACUUCCAGGGAGAGCAGUCAGGAAACAGCUUGGUCGACGUCCUGUACGGCGAUGUUAACCCCAGUGCCAAGCUUCCUUACACCAUUGCUUACAACGAGUCCGACUAUGCUUUCGCUCGCAUCACCAACUCUACCGAGCUGAAGCUCACUGAGGACCCCAACGCAUGGCAAGCAGACUUUGAGGAGGGCCUCCUGAUCGACUACCGUCACUACGACUACUAUAACCUUUCUGUGCAGUACGAAUUCGGAUAUGGCCUUUCCUACACCGACUUCUCUCUAUCUGAUGUCAAGAUCGAGCGUCUCGCUCCCUCAAACUUGACUGCUCGUCCCGCAGCUGCUGCCACAGUACCCGGUGGUAACCCCACUCUCUACGACACCCUCUACGAGAUCACGGUCAAGGUCAAGAAUACCGGCUCCCUCGCUGGUGACGCGGUUCCUCAGCUCUAUCUCUCUCAGCCAGUCGACGCCUCUUUCGGUCGUACUCCCACCCAGGUUCUGAGAGGAUUCGAGAAGGUCGCGCUUGCUGCUGGACAAACCAGAACCGUCACUUUCCCUCUGAUGAGAAGAGAUUUGAGUUUCUGGGAUGCCGUGCAGCAGCAAUGGAUCAUUCCCUCUGGCAACUUUGGUGUCAGAGCUGGAUUCAGCAGCAGAGAUAUCCAAGUCACUUCUGGCUUCAAGGUUCUGUAA